UUGCAACCUGACUGAGCACGAGAGCUCUUGGUUCUGUCAAGACUAACCAGCGGUCUUCGUUCAUCGUUUACAGCCUUAUAGCCUCGAACUUAGUUAGGCAGUAAGUUGUUCGCUUAUAUUGUUUCUACAUGGCAUUUUAUCCCUUUGCGUGGCAGUAUAUUCAACAAACUAAGAGAGGAAAUAAAACAUAUAUGCGAGAAUAGUAGCGAGAUACAGUGAAGCGCGCGUAGCUUGCUGUCGCGACCGUGUUUGGACUCACUGGAGUAAAAUGUGUUAUUAACCCAUGUGUUCUUGCGCGAGGCAGAGGACCUGGAAUCUUUAUUUAUUUGUAUAGCUCAUUUCGUUUUAUUUCACAUCGUUGCCGUUAGUGACACACGCAUGACCCAAGCGCUCUCAGCUUUCCUCCAACCGGCGCCGGUGAUGCCAUGCCCCGCAACCACAGCGGAGAUGAAGGUGGCCAGGGGCUCUGGAUGAAAACCUCACCCAAGGGACACCCCACCGAGGGCUACACUUUGAAAGAUGUGGAGUCUGGUAGAAGGAUUAUGAACCACAAUUCGAGAUCUGGGGACGGCUUGCUGUCAGCCUCGGCUGGCUCUGGAGCAGGUGCUAGCGGCGCGGAGAGCCACCGGGCAAAGCAAGGUGCCCGGCUCAGCCUACUCGGGAAGCCGUUGGUGUACAGCGCGCAGAGCGGCAGGAGGAAUGUGCGCUAUCGGCGGCUUCAGAAUUACCUGUACAACGUCCUGGAGAGACCCCGCGGCUGGGCUUUCGUGUACCACGCCUUUGUGUUCAUCCUCGUGUUCGGAUGCCUGAUACUCUCUGUCCUCUCCACUAUCCCGGAGCAACAGGAACUGGCCUCGCACUGCCUCCUCAUCCUGGAGUUUGUGAUGAUCGUGGUGUUCGGCCUGGAGUACAUCAUCCGCAUCUGGUCAGCCGGCUGCUGCUGCCGCUACCGAGGAUGGCAGGGGCGACUGCGCUUCUCCAGGAAGCCAUUUUGUGUCAUAGACAUCAUCGUGCUCAUCGCCUCUGUUGCCGUGGUAUCGGCUGGCAGCCAAGGCAACAUCUUUGCGACGUCGGCACUCCGCAGCCUGCGUUUCCUGCAGAUCCUGCGCAUGGUGCGCAUGGACCGGCGCGGAGGCACCUGGAAGCUGCUGGGAUCUGUAGUUUAUGCACACAGCAAGGAGCUGGUCACUGCAUGGUACAUUGGCUUCCUGGUCCUCAUCUUCUCAUCCUUCUUGGUCUACCUGGUGGAGAAGGAGCUGAACACAGAGUUUGCCACCUAUGCUGAUGCACUGUGGUGGGGCACGAUCACUCUGACCACUAUAGGCUAUGGGGACAAGACGCCCAAGACGUGGACUGGCCGCAUGCUCUCCGCUGGGUUUGCACUGCUAGGAAUAUCGUUUUUCGCUCUGCCUGCGGGUAUCUUGGGCUCUGGAUUUGCACUGAAGGUGCAGGAGCAGCACCGUCAAAAGCACUUUGAGAAGAGGAGGAACCCAGCAGCCUGCCUCAUUCAGUGUGUUUGGCGUAGCUAUGCGGCUGAUGAGAACUCGGUUUCCGUUGCUACCUGGAAGCCUCAUUUGAAGGCGUUGCAUACCUGCAGUCCUACAAAGAAGGAGCAGGGCGAGACCACAACCAGCACCGGUCAGAAGAUGAGCUUCAAGGACCGUGUACGGAUGGCGAGUCCGCGGGGCCAGAGCAUCAAGAGCCGCCAGACGUCCAUGACAGACCGUCGCUCGCCAGGGGCGGAGAUCAGUGGCGAGGGCUCCAGCCCGGCCAAGGUGCAGAAGAGCUGGAGCUUCAACGACCGCACGCGCUUCCGGCCCUCGCUUCGCCUCAAGAGCCAAUCACGCGCCCCCACUGAGAGUGACAGUAACAUGGCGGCAGACGACGCCUUUGACGAGCGGAGCUGCCACUGUGACAUCUCAGCAGAGGACCUGCUGCCCUCCAUUAAGUGUGUCAUCAGAGCCGUCAGGAUCAUGAAGUUCCAUGUAGCCAAGAAGAAGUUCAAGGAGACACUGCGUCCUUAUGACGUGAAGGACGUCAUUGAGCAAUAUUCUGCUGGCCACCUUGACAUGCUGUGCCGAAUCAAGAGCCUGCAAACAAGGCUGGACUGUAUAGUGGGCCCCCAGCAGGGCCUAAGCAGCAGAGCCAAGACCUUUUCCUCUCCCUCACUGCCUCUCUAUUACAGCCAUGCCAGGAGGCAGUCGCCGCAUGGGGUGGACCAGAUCCUGGGCCGUGGACAGAUCCCGCUGGACAAGAAAAUUCGGGAGAAGCUGCUGUCUGACGGGGACCUGCUGGAGGACGUCAGCAUGCUGGGCCGUGUGUGUAAGGUGGAGAGACAGGUCCAGUCCAUUGAAUCCAAACUGGACUCUCUGCUGGACAUCUACCGGCAGGUGCUUCACAAGGGCUCGUCCUCGGCCCUCACCUUGUCCUCACUGCCCUUAUUCGAGUUCGAGCCGACCUCCGGCUACCCCAGCUCCAUCCUCAGCCGGGACCUGUCGUCCACCUCCGGCCAAGUGCCGCGCUCGGCCAGCUCCAACCUGCACCGGGGCCUCCACAUCAUCCUGGCCCCCAACGAGCUCAACCUCAACCUGGGCUCCUCCUCUCCGUCGGGGCCGGCCCCCUCCCCGAGCCCGGGGCCCUUCAGCCCGCAGCCGCCCACCCCAGACAGCGUGUCGGCGGCCAGCCCGCCCCCGAUGCCGCUCACCCCCAACAGCUUCUCGGGGAUGGGCCACUUCUCCAGCCUGGGACGGCCUCCUCCGCACCCGUCCUCGCUGGUUGGCGGCGUCGGCGGGAUCCCCAACACCCUGAUGCAGCAGCAGCAGCAGCAUCUCCCGGGGGCGCCGCCUCCGCUGCCCCCACCGGCCGCCCACACGCCGCUGCUCGCGCACAGGGCCGCCCGGCGGGACGGGGUCUCCGGAGGGGGGGACUUCUCGCCGCCCUUCCUGAUGGGGGUGCGCGAGGAAGGGGAGGAGGCGCUGGGCUCCGGGCUGGGCAGGCCCCCGCCCCCACAGCACCACCACCACCACCACCCUCCGCACCCCCAGCACCCCCCGCACCCCCAGCACCCCAAGGGCCGGCUGAGCACCAAGGAGGAUGGCUCCUGGAGGAGGCACAUGAGCCUGGAGAUGGACCCCCUGGCGCCACUCCAGAGGAGGCCCGUCUCGGGGGACCAAGGCCUGGGCAAGUCCCUGUCCGUGCAGGACCUCUUGGGGACGGGGACGGACGUGGACGGCCACCCCAGUCUGUCGUCGACCUCCUCCUCCUCGAGCAGCAAUGACUUGAGCAGGGGCCUGGGGGAACCACUCUGCGGGAGGGGAGGUGGUGGUGGUGGAGGAGGAGGAGGAGGAGGAGGAGGAGGAGGAGGAGGAGAAGGGUGGGGGGAGACGGACCUUUUCAUCAGCGAUAAGGACCUGGAAGCCCCCGGGGGGGCGUUUGACUUCCUGUCCCCAGGGACAGAAGAGGCCACGUCCUUCUCCUCCGAGCUGCUUAGAACGAGCGCAACGGAUCCCCGCGGCUCCAGCCACAGCCUGGCCAGAGGUCGGGGAGACGCUGGGCGCGGCAGCGAGGAGUCCCUCAGCAUGCCCCAUGUCCGGCUAAAAUAAACACGCGAGACCGCUACGCGCAGGCCGGCCACAUGCGAACACAAACCUUUGUUUUUAUUCUACGUUUGUCUUUUUUUUUUUUUUACAAAAAACAGGGAUAGGUUUUGGGAGGCAUAGGUUUUUUUUAAAAGAUAUGUGUUAGCCAAGUAUUUUUUUUUUUUUUCUGGUUUCACAAAUGUUAACUACUUUUUUGAAGAAAGGACAAGAGUUCCUCUACUCCUGAUUCUACUGCAUGUUUCUUUGUAAGAAAUUAUACAUGUAUUUGAUGCACUCAUGGGUAGAGGACGUGGGAGGGUUUCUUUUUUAUAGGAUACAGUAAAUGUCAAUGUAUCAGAGAACAUCAUUUUGGACAAAACCAUAAGCCAUGACCUCAACACUGCAUGCACUCCGCAUGGAUCCUUUCAGCUAGAGCAUGACAUUCAUACAAAAAAAGUCAACAUACCACAAUGCAUCAGAAAGAUAUCACCUCUGCAGCUCUAUCACUGCAGUCUACAUGGAUAGGGGCAUCUUUAUUUGCACGUUAACUGUAUUUUAUGUAAGAAAGGUCACGUUACAUUAUACUUACAAGUGCCGGACACGAUGAGAGAGACAUCUCUGCUAAAUACUGUAUUGUAUAGUUUUGAUAACCAAACUAAGUAUUUAGACGAUGAAGACAUUUUAGCAACUUCAGGGGUGUCAGCUUCUGCACCUGGGUAUGUCCUGUCUUUUCAAUGUCAACUGAAUGUUGUCCCCACAUAACCGAAACAUAUAACUCCCUUUUUAAACCAUAUGUCACUCAAAACACAUACGGAUGUAGUUUAACAAAUCUAGUGAUGGUAGUUAAGUUAAAUGCUGCUUGUUACUAAUGAACUUGAAAAAAAAAAAAAAAACGAAACUCUAAAAAGACUGAGAUCUUUCUAUGAGGGAGAAAUUAUAACCUAAGAUGACAUCCUUAUGUUUGAUUCAAAUGCAGUUGCAGAACCGACAACUAGAGAACACUGUUGUUUACACUUGUGUCCUUAGAACGUUUAGCUCGACUAACUCUACGGCUAAAGUGGAGCAACACCAGUUGAGUAAAACCCAGAGAGUGGUGUGGUCUAGUUGGCACAACAUGGGAUUUCAAAAUGGCAGAGUUUGACUGGUUGCUGCACAACCCAUCCCUCCCUGAUUGUUUUGAAGGUAUAAAAAGAUAACUAUGUUUAGCUAGGUAGAUAGAUAAAAGAAUCCAGCCAGUUUAUCAGACCUUAUUUAGACUAAUUACAAAAUACAUAACUGUACUGCAUAUUUUUAAUGUCACUAGAAGUUACUAUUCUUUAUGAUUUAUUUUACUCCUCUCGACUAAGUACAUCCUGUAUCAAGCCCGCACAUUUCCCUCUUAUUCUGACGAUAAAGGUACGAUUUAAAUACCGCACAAUCACAAUGAAACUAUGAAC